UGUUUGGAGCAACGGGAGCUAGGGUUAGGGUUUGGGCGAUGAUUCUUCGUGUUCUUCGUGUUCUUUGUUUGGCCGUGCUGGGGACGCCGGGGGUGUGAUCCACGCAUUGGGCGAGAGAGCUGCGGCAAAGAGGUUCUUUGUCACUAGUUUAAGCACAGCUUUUUGGUCGCGAAGAUGAGGAAGAAGCUCGACACACGCUUCCCUGCGGCAAGGAUAAAGAAGAUAAUGCAAGCGGACGAGGAAGUUGGGAAGAUCGCUCUUGCGACUCCUGUGCUGAUCUCAAAGGCUCUGGAGCUUUUCUUACAAGACCUUUGUGACAAGACGUAUGAAAUAACUCUGGGGAGGGGGGCCAAGACAAUGAGUUCUUCUCAUUUGAAGCAAUGUGUCCAAACUAAUAGCGUAUUUGAUUUUCUUCGUGAAAUAGUUUCCAAGGUCCCAGACAUGGGCUCUGACACCGCGGACGAGAGAAAUGGUAGCCGCCGAAGGAAAAUCUCGGACGGAGAUGACAAUGGCUCGGAAGAAGAGGAAGUCAAGAGACCAAAAUCGGAGUCCACUACAGUAGGAAGGGGUAGAGGCAGGGGCCGAGGCAGGGGGAGAGGUAGGAACGGAACCUCUGGCGGUAGAGGCGACGUUGUUCCGGAGAGGUUAGAAAUACCAGCAGCUCACCACAAAUCUGACGACGCGGAUGCGGACAUGGAUAACGAUGGUAGCACCGAUACUGAUAGCAACAUAGGGAGCCCCAAGACGACGACGUCGAUCACCACAACAUCAACUUCGACUAAACAGGGACAGGGACAAGCGCCGGUUGGGAAGUCACAGCCCCGGGACUUUGAUCUUAACAUGGGGCUGGACGAGAACGGGGACAUAGCAGGGUGUAGCGACGUGAAGAAGGAGAAAGAGGCAGUAGCAGCGGGUGUAGAGAAAGAGGAAGCGGCGGCGGCGGAGGAGGAGGAGGAAGAGUGGCCGCAAAUACCAUCGGACAAGAUGAGGUUAGGACUGUUAGAUUUGCACACCGAGAGGGGCCACGAGGAAGAGGACGACUACGACUGUGAAGAUGACGACGAUGGCUGAGAGCAGUGGCGGUGGUUGUAAGAAGUCCAGACUUCUUCAAGGUAAAGCUUUGGAGGUAAAGAAGUAAAAAAACGAGCUUGUACAUUAAUCCUGACUGAAGGACUUUGACACGGAGAGGGAAGGACGAAAAACCAAGGCUCUUUUUGUAAAUAUUUAGCUGUUUCUAGAGACAAGCUUGAAAAAAAAAAUGAUAGUUUUUUUC